AUGAUUCCACCACCUCAACCGCCUGAAGAAGUCACUGACAUUUUCUCCCUAACUGACGAAGCGCUAGCGAACAAGUACCAGUUCAUUGAAGAGAUUGGUUUUGGCAACUGGGGUAGCGUUUGGCUUUGUCGACCUAGGCACCAUCCAGACGCGUCUUCAUCCGAUCAACUGCUCUCGCUUCAUAACAAUAAGAUCGCCGCAAAGCUGGUACACCGCUCGAAAAAGACGACAACAACGGGUGCCCGUGUGAGGUCGCUAUGGAACGAGAUGAAAGUCGUCAGACAAUUCAGACAAGAUCCGCACCCGUCAAUAAUCCCCUUUCACGAAUUCAUCAUUACGCCCUCCUAUGCCAUGAUUACGAUGGCAUAUCAUCCUCGCCUUGUUCCCGUUGAGGUACCAGAGCAUCACGCAAGACAAUGGUUCCGCUCUCUGCUCUCCGGUGUUGACUUUAUCCACAAGCGAGGCGUCGUUCACAAUGAUAUCAAACCCGCGAAUAUACUUCUAUCACACGAGAACAUACCUGUGCUAGUGGAUUUUGGUUUUGCAGAGCGAUAUGAUGUCAAUUCGUGCAAAGCCUUCCACAGUAACCUAUCAUACGGUACUCCUGAGUACCUUUCACCCGAGCGUGCACGAGGGCUUCCUCACGACACGCGCAAGUCAGACGUCUGGUCCCUAGGCGUCACUUUCUUCGAGAUCCUUGUGGGACGUACACCCUUUGAGCAUGCGGAGGGCGAACAGUUCACCACGAAAGAAGAGUUGGAGAAGUACUGGAAUCGUACGCUCCGCGGAAAGUGGGUUGGCACUUGGAAGAUGACCCGGGACGCAGAGAAACUCCUACGGAGAAUGAUCCUGCCCAACGCUGACUUGAGAUGUAUGGCAUCAGAAGCGCUGCUCGAUGGUUAUUGGUCGCCAGAACUCCUUGCGCCGUCACACCGGAAAGCUACCAGCGUAUCUCAUGCCCCGUCCCUUUCUCUCGGUCUGGAGAAGGACGUGUUCAAGUUCUCCGAUCUCAUCGCCCCAUGGUCUCCGCGCAAGACCGACAAGGGGAAGGAGAAGGAUAACAGCAAAGUGGAAAUCGUCGCGAAGCCCACGCCUACGCCCGCUACAGAUGAGGCCCAGUCGCGACCGGUGUUCAAACCUACGCACGACAAGGAGAACGCUGCCGCCGACGCGAAAGCUGUCACAGAGCGAGACUCUAAGAAGCUUGACCAUCGCACCAGCCUGAUCCGGUCUAAUCACGCCAGAUCACAGUCGCAGUCGAAAUUGCCGCUGCUGGAGAGCCAAGCUCGCAAGAACAUCGUGACGCCGUCCAUGCUUGCGACGCUGUCACCUGUAAAGCAGUCACCUGCUGCAGCCUCGCCAAUUGUCGUCUCUUCCUCAUCGGACGGGAAGGAGAACGCUUCUCCUGCGAUCAAUAGCAAGAAUACCCGUGCACCGCGCCGGCCUUUAGGACCCCGUAGCCCCACACCGCCUACCUCUCCAGCUGCCCCGCUCGCGUCCAAAGAGAACGCCCCGUUGCAGCCAUUCAAUGCUGUGAAGGUAAGGGAGAGAGAGAAAGAGAAGCAGGCGCGACGCGGCCGUCCAUUCAAGGAUGUUACGUCUGCCAGCCGCAAUGUUGCCGAGGGCGUGUCUGGCAUCCCGCGACGGGUGGAAAAGCCGCAGGUGCAAUCGAACUCGGUACGCGAUCGGAUGCGUGAGUGGGAGCGCGAGCGCGCACGUCUGCGCGAGAUGGAACUGAUAAAGGAGCGAACAAAGGAGGUGGAGGAGGAGCGAGAACGCGCACAGCGCGAACGCGAAGCAGAGGUCGCACGCGAGCUAGAGCGUGAGAAGGAGGCGGAGAGGAGACGCGAGUGGGAGUGCCAGCUGCAGCUCGAGGCAGAGCGCAGGCGGCAAGAGGAGCUGGAAGCGGUGCGCCAGCAGGAACUCCAGAAGGAGCGAGCGCGUGCGCUGCAUCAAGUGCAGGAUCGGUUACGAUUGCAGCAAUCGGACAGUGAUGGCAUCUAUGCAAGGAUCGCGCCGAGGAGAGGGUCGUCGGUGACGCCUCCUGAUAGCGCUCCGCUUACUCCACUGAGCCCGUUGAAGGAAGAACCGUCUGAGAUCAGUGCGGCCGUGGAAUGCGAGUACCCCCCUGUGGGUAAUGAGUCUGGCAUUAGCAUCUUCAAGCAUGGUCUGAGAAUGUCGAUCGACAAGACCUUGAGGUUGUACAAAUCAUCCACCAUGGCGCUCGGCCGGUCUACUCCUGCUUUGAUUCUCCCCGAGGGAGAUGAUGACAACCUGUCUCGCAAGAGCAUCAGUGCUCGGGCAUCAUGGGAGGACGAUGUGUUGGUUCGCAAAGCCAACUCUUCACUGCCGAUGGUACGUCAUGCAGUCCGAAAUGAAGAGCUAGCAGCGGCCAAUCAACUCGACCGAAUGACAUUAUGGGCUCGGAAUGUCGAAAAGGUCGUCGAAGACGCGCGUCAAACCUUUGCAGCAUCCUCAAGUAGCACAGACCCUGCUCCACCAUUGCCCCUGGCACCCGUUUCGCGGCGGGCGUCUCUGACCCAAGCCAAUCGGUCAGCACGUGUGCCGCGCAAGAUCUUAGCUGCUAACCAUAUAUUUGCCGACGGAUACGAAUCUGGCAUCAUGGACCAGACGAUGAGCUCAUCCAACGGAGCGUCCGUUGACUAUGCGGAACAAUCCAGAAUUCUCGAUGCAAUUGCUAAUGCUACACUGCCGACCAUUCCUUCGGAGCCGCCAAGCCUUGCAUUGGACCCACAGAGCCCUCUAGUUCCAUCUACGCCAUCACGUAAGCGACGAGCGACUGUAGUUACACGCUCACCCGAGUCGAAAGCAAAGAGGAACAGCCUGACCAUCGACACGGCCUCUCCAUCGAAGCGCAGAGAGAAGUCCAAAUCUCAGAACGAUUUGGCUCGUCCUAUCACACCAGUCACGAAGUUGGAAUUUGAGCUGGAGAGGCUCGCACUCCCUACUCGUCCCAAGCGGUUGUCUGCAGUUGUAGAUAGGGGUCUGUUCAUCGCUUCCCCACCAUCGACACCGCUGCCCGAUAUCGAAAUCAUCACCGAAGAUGUCAAGAAUGAAUUGACCGAAUCACCCUUCCAAGUUGAGCCGUACCCACCGAGGGCCGAGCUCUCGAACUCGGUCAAUAUGCUUGACACUCCAGAGCGAAAGCACCUCGAUGACAUUUACGACCGCUUCCUAAUGUCAACUGCUGGCGUGAAGAGGGUAGGCAAGGGAUACCAGUCUAACAACAACAGGCCCAUGUCCAACGUAUCUCGAGACGCCAUUUCAGCAUCAAAGCGUAACCAACGCUUCUUCUUGUCGAAUCGGAAACCAAUGCCUCCCCCUGUCUCAAGUGAGGAUCUACGGAGAGCCAGCUCUGUUGACGAGUUCGGAGUCGUCGUUCACUCUAUCGUCGAUAACAGUACAAACAAUCACGAUCAGGGGAAGAACACCGUUGCUAUCGUUCGCAAAGCUUUCAAGGCCAUUGUAUCGGGGAAACCCAUGACGGUCAGAUCUUAGUUGCUAUCCUCCAUAUUUGCAUCCUCUAGGUUUCGCAUCACAUUUUGUUGACCAGCAUUCGGACUUUGAUAUUGUUCGCAGUUUGCACCUCUGCUAUCGUAUUGCUCUCAUGUUUAUCUCGUAUCUGCUCCAAUUA